GCCUGCCACGCGCAGCGGGGGAAUCCGGCCCCCGUUUUGCCGGGCUUUUGGAACGCCAACCCGAAGGCGCGCCCCAAGUGCGCCGCCAGGGGCCUUGGGCUGCAGUACCGCGGGGCACAGGCGACAGAGCUAGAGGGGCAGAAUGGAACAACGCAGGCCCAGCAGCGGCCGUAGCAAGUCGCUGCGCCGCGGCAGCUAGUUGAUGGCAGCGGGCCGCAAUGAAGGGACUCGAAGGGGCACGGUGCUCGCCCGAUGCAUGGCCUUACCUUGUUGCCGCGAGAAUGCCGGGCGGCUCUUGGCAAUGGCAAAAGUCCGGCGGCGUUUGUCGAGCCUGACAGGACCAGGCGCGGCAGGGUGUUGACGUCUUUGAUGUGGGCGCGCGAUCUCCCCGAGGAGUCGGGCCCAGAAAGAAAGACAAGCGGGGUGGACUACAGCCGUCGCAGCGUUAAAGGGCCCGCUGCUUCCGUUUGUUGCAUGCUUCUGGUGGUGGCCCUUCCUUUUGCUGCAA